AAGGCCUUAGACGGUGGCGAGGACUAGAGUCUGGGCACCGGAAGCUAAGGUGCGUCACGGGAGCCCCGGGAAUGGCUACGAAGGGUAACGGGGCAGAGUGACGAGGCCGCUGCGGAGCACAGGGGUGGAGCUUAGAGGAGAUGUUGUGACGUCACCAUGAGCAUCACUACAUACUGAUAUCACUGCACCAUCCCCGCUCCCCCAGACUUGCUGGCCAUGUCCUCAGCCACCAUCGUGCACGACCCCUCGGAGGCGGUGCCCCUGUGCCCGGCGCUGGGCCUGUACCUGAAGCCAAUCGCGCGGGUGACAAUCUCGGUGUCGCUGCCCCCUCCGCCCCCAGCUCCGCCCCCUUCGCCUUCCUCGACGUCCCCACCCCCGCGUGCGCCAAGUCGUGCAGUGUCAAACUGGGAGGUGAUGGAGGGACUGCGGGCGAUGGCACAGGGGGCACGAGCGCCGCUGUCAUCACUGCGCCUGGCCCGGGGCGGCCCUGAGGUCGUGCGCUUUGAGGGCGAGGUCGAGAACCGGGCGCUUGUGCGUCCCGCACUCGCUGGCCUGGACGGCAAGACUAUGAUGCUCAGCGGCCUCCCCCAUGGCCUGCGUGUAAGCGCCGCUGAGGCCACGCCCCCACCCACGGAUGACCCCGCCCACCCUCAUGACACCAUCCACCUUCAGGGCCUGCCCUGCCGCUGGUUUGCGCCCCGUGGGGGCAGUGGCGGGGAUGAGGCUGGAGGCAUUUCUUCCCCUGGUGGCAUUGCCUCAGCAGAGAGGCCCAGCGAGGCUCUCCUGCGCCAGGCUUUCGGGGCGUUUGGUGAGAUCCGCCAUGUGGACAUUCCCAUGCUGGACCCUUACCUUGGUGAGGACGGCAGCCAUGGCGGGGGCGGGGGCGGGCGGCUCCGCUUCGAGGCCUACGUUCAGUACCGAGAGCGUGAUGCCUACGCCCGUGCCAUGGCUGCCCUGCGUGGUGCUAAGCUCAUGUUUAGGGGCACGGACGGCAAAGCUGUGGCCUGCGGCAUCAAGGUGACAUCAGAUGCCACACAGCACCUGAGCGAGGCUUCGAUCAGACGCCGGCAGCUGGAGCGGCAGAAACUACAGGAACUUGAGCAGCGGCGUGAAGAGCAGAAGCGGAAGGAGCGUGAGGAUGAGGCGCGGCGGCGGGCAGGCCAGCGGAAGCAGCGGGAGGCAGAGCAGCAACAACGGGCACGGCGUCGGGAGGAGAAGCUUCGGCGCAGAGAGGCACGGCAACGAGCACGGAAGAGACGAGGCCGACGUCGAGAGGAGGAGGAGGAGGAGGAGGAGGCAGAGCCCCAGCCUGUGUUGGGGCGUGAGGAAGAGGAAGGUGCAGAGCCCCGUCGGCUACUGCUCGCCCAGCGCAACCUGCAGUCUGUGCGGCUCAUUGCUGCCCUGCUUGCCCGCGCUGAAGCCGCCAGACGCCGCCAGCGUGAGCAGAGCGAGGAGCGACGUCGCCAUGCAAAGGAGGCAGAGCUUCGGCGCCAGCAGGAGGCAGAGCUUCGGCGUCAGAGGGAGGCAGAGCUACGCCGAGUGGAAGAGGAGAAGCGGCGGGCACUGGGACUGCAACGUCGGGAGCGUGAGCUCCGACAUCGCCUCCUUGCCCUGCUGCUUGCCCGGGGGCCUGGCUUGGGGUGUCUAGUGGGCGGAGCCGGGACAGGAAGUGACGUUUUGGGGGCUGGGAACAGCAAGAUGGCUGUGGGGAGUGGCCAUGGGGAGGCAGGACAAAGCCAGACAAUGACAGGAAGUGAAAUCAGGGGAGAUGGAAGGGAGAAUAUGAAGACAGGAAGUGAUGUGGCUACCUCAGGAAAUGGCCACAUUGACAGAGAAAAUGAGAAAAUAAAGACAGGAAGUGGGAUCCCAGCCACAGGAGGUGGUACUGGGGACCCAAGAGGUGCGGACAAACAAACAGGAAGUAGUGUCCAGCCGACAGGAAGUGAUGCAAAGACAGGAAAUGGUGCCAGAGGGACAGGAGGUGGCCCGGGAAGGGACCCAAUUGCAAAGACGUGGUCGGAAAAUAUGACGACAGGAAGUGGCAGCCCCGAAACAGGAAGUGGUGUGGCCAAGAUGGCGACAGUAAGUGCUAGCAAUGAGACCGAAAGUUCAUCUGCCAAGCUCAAAGCCAUGCCCAGUUCCUGUAGUGACCGGGAGAGAUGUGGCCUUGAGGGCCGCCCGUCCUGGCAUUCCCGUGACUUUGGGGGCAGUUCAGGACAGUCUAGAAGCCGUGAAGGCAGUGAGCGCCGACGCCCCCACGAGGAAGAGGACGGCGGUGGGCGGGACCGGAAGCGCGGACACCGCCAUCGUGAGGACCGUGGUCGCUCGAGGUCUCGAUCCCCGCGGCGCCGGUGACCGACCUGCCCAAAUCAUGGGACUUACUAGAUGACCCAGAAGUUCCGCCCCGAGGACUGUGAAAGUCAUAGGCUCCCUGGCGGCCAUUAUGGAUUUUUUUCAAACCUCUGAAUGCGGAGUUGAGUUUUCGGUUUCGGGGGCGGGACUUGGGUGUGACAUGAGUGGCGUAUUGUGUGGCCAUGCUGAAUAAACGCCUGGAGUUGGA